AUGCAGGUAUGGAGGCAGUUGGAGUGGUGACAGCUGUUGGCCCUGGAAUAACUGACAGGAAAGUUGGGGAUGUCGUUGCUUAUGCUGGUUUACCAGUGGGCUCAUACAGUGAAGAACAGAUUCUUCCUGCCAAUGUAGCAUUGCCUGUUCCACCUUCUAUAGACCCCAUUGUUGCAGCAUCUAUCAUGCUUAAGGGUAUGACGGCUCAGUUCCUUGUCCGACGGUGUUUCCAGGUCGAAUCUGGACACAAGGUACUUAUUCAUGCAGCAGCUGGUGGUGUUGCUUCUCUACUGUGCCAAUGGGCUAAUGCACUGGGUGCCACUGUCAUUGGAACUGUGUCAACUGAAGAAAAGGCAGCUCAAGCCAAGGAAGAUGGAUGCCACUAUGUCAUAAAUUACAAAAAAGAGGAUUUUGUUGAAGCUGUCAAGAAGAUAACACCAGAAGGAGUUCAUGUUGUCUAUGAUUCUGUGGGGAAGGAUACAUUCCAGGGAUCAUUGGCAUGCUUAAGGAGUCGGGGAUACAUGGUGAGCAUUGGGCAGGCAUCGGGUGCACCAGACCCAGUUCCAUUGUCAGAUCUUGCUGCAAAAUCCUUGUUCUUGAUGAGGGGUUCACUCUUCCAGUACACUGAAACCCGGGAAGAACUGCUUAAAACUGUUGAAGAUGUAUUUGCUAAUGUGCUGUCAGGUGUCCUACAUGUCCGUGUCAACGACAAAUAUCCUUUGGCACAGGCAGCACAGGCUCAUGCAGACCUUGAGAGCCGGAAGACAUCUGGUUCUGUAGUGUUGAUACCUGAUGGUGCAGAACUGUAAAUCAUACAAAUACAAACAUUUCUGGGUUUGCGGAUAUGAAAUGAAAACAAGGAAUAAGAGAAGCUUAUAUAGAUCUUUUUGAGUGCUUUGAUAGGAA